AUUUGGUAAUGCGAGCUCACCACAAAGGUAAUUAAAGUUAUUUUCCGGUUGUAGUGGUUAGCAGCCGAGCUCGCGAGGUUAGUAAUGCUGUAGCCAGAGCGCUCUUUUGUUUGAGGAGAAACAGCAACAGCAGCGGCAGUAGAAGUGUGAGGAUUGGUGGACUCUAGCGUGAGAGCGCCUACACCAAAGUUGGAACACAACAGACAAGAGAGUUCAUAUAAAUAAAACACGAACGCGUGGAUGUUAGGCUUAGAUUGAUAGUGAUGUUUUUUAUGUCCUUGUUUGUCUGGAAGAAUAGCUCGUGUCUCGGCUAACUAGUGUGCAGAUUAGUGCGUUAUCAAAAUGUUGUCAGUGCCAGUGUUCUCAUUAGAUUGGGAUUGAUCAAUAGCCUCAACCGUCAACAUUACAACGUUUAUAUCCUCAGCCGACAAAAAACAACAACUAAUAAACCAGUACUUUUUCUAUGGGCUCCAAGAGACGACGCAUCGCUUCUCCCUCCAGCAGUGUGAGUGGAGACUUUGACGAUGCCACUUCAUCAACUCCAGCCAGUAGCUGGAAAAGGAGGAGGAGGACUUCUAAUGCCACUGCUGUCGAUCAAAUCGCUGUUUGCAAUGAAUUGUACAACACUGUCAGGGACUACAAAGAUGAGCAAGGGAGGCAGAUCUGUGAGCUGUUUGUUCGUGUUCCGAAAAGAAGGAAUCAGCCGGAUUACUACGAGGUGGUGAGCCAGCCCAUUGACAUGAUGAAGAUCCAGCAGAAGCUCAGGACAGAAGACUACCAAGAUGCAGAGCAGUUCUCUGAAGAUUUUAAGCUGCUUAUAAACAAUGCCAAAGCUUACUAUCCGGCUGAUAGUCCGGAGUACAGGGCUGCCUGUAAGUUGUGGGAUCUGUUUCUAGCCACAAAGAAUAGCCUUCUUCGGGGAGGAGAUGUCGAGGAUGAUGAGGAAGAAGAGGAAAGUGAAGAUGCUGACAACACAGGAGUCUCCACAGAGGAGGAGAUGUCACCUAACUAUAUGAAGGGGCUCCUAGAGCAGCUGUUGGAGGCUCUUGUGUCUUAUACUGACUCUUCAGGGAGAUUAGUUAGUGAACUUUUCCAGAAGCUGCCCUCUAAACUGCAAUACCCAGACUACUAUGCCAUAAUCAAAGAGCCAAUAGAUUUGCGAACCAUAGCUCAGAGGAUACAGAUGGGACAUUACAAAUCCAUCAGUGCCAUGUCCAAGGACAUUGAUCUUUUGGCCAAAAAUGCCAAAGCCUACAAUGAACCUGGAUCACAAGUUUAUAAGGAUGCAAACACAAUCAAGAAGGUAUUUUUGCAGAGGAGGACUGAACUUGAACAAGCAGAACCAACAAAAUCCAGCCUCCGCAUCAGGAAUCGGAGGUCUGCUCAGGGUGAUCGUCUGCCUGCUAUUACCGUGUCUCUGCAGCCUGGCUCAGAGAGUGAUGAAGACUCCAUUCUCUCAGGCUCUGUGCGGUAUGACGCUGGGGAGAUGGAGUCUGAAAGUGGGCAUACUCGACUAGCUACCAGUGAUCCGAUCUUCCAGUUGUACCAAGCUGUCAGAGGGGGCCGUAACACUCAGGGUCAGCUCCUCGCUGAGCCGUUCCUCCAGCUACCUUCACGCAGAGAGUACCCUGAUUACUACCAUCAGAUCAAAUACCCCAUUUCUCUCCAGCAAAUUAGAGAAAAAAUGCGGAACGGGGAGUAUGAAGGAGUCGAGCAGGUGGAAUCGGACCUUAUUACUAUGUUUGACAAUGCUAGACGCUACAAUGUCCCCAAUUCUGCCAUUUACAAGCGUGCUCAAAAAUUACAGCAAAUAAUGCAGCUAAAAAUGAGAGAACUUCGAGAUGAUGAGGGAGAAAGUUUGCUUUCUACCAUGAUCCCUGACACAGGAAGCAGUAAGAGAAAAAGCCAUAAGAAGAACACCAAGAAAAACAGGAUGAAGGCAUUGUUUGCAGCAGUGACAGAGGCACGAGAGGCAGGUACAGGUCGGCGCCUCUGUGACCUCUUCAUGGUGAAGCCAUCAAAGAAGGACUACCCUGAUUACUACCAGGUUAUCUUGGAGCCCAUGGACCUGCGCACCAUUGAGAGCAAUAUCCGCGCUGAACGCUAUGUCAGCGAGGAGGCCCUCAUGAAUGAUAUGAAGCUCAUGUUCCGCAACGCUCGCCACUACAACGAGGAAGGCUCUCAGGUUUUCAAUGAUGCAGACAUUCUGGAAAAGAUUGCAAAGGAAAAGCAGAAGGAACUUAGACCUUUACCUGGGGAUGAUGAUGUUGGCUCACCCAAACUCAAACUACGAAGGAGUGGGGGUGCUGCAUCUCCCAAGAAGUCUCGUACUCAGACAUCCCUGCAGCAGAAACUGAGCGAGCUCUACGAAGCUGUUCGCAGUUUUACAGACAGUCGUGGACGCCGUCUGAGCACAGUGUUUCUGCGGCUGCCAUCGCGCUCUGAGCUGCCUGAUUACUACGCCGCCAUCAAGCGGCCUAUUGACAUGGAGCGUCUGCGCAGCUACAUGGUGCAGGGCCGCUACCAGGACAUAGAUUCCAUGGCUGAGGAUUUCAUCCUUAUGUUCAACAACGCCUGUACAUACAACGAGCCUGAGUCGCUCAUCUACCGCGAUGCACUGCUGCUCCACAGAGCCUUCCUUGACACACGCCGCAACUUGGAGAAGGAGGAAGAGGAUGGAGAGGAAAGAGUGGGAGCUCAGGUGGCUGUAGCUUCGCUGGUUUGUGAGCUUAUUCGGAAUCUAUUUGUGUCGGUGAUGGGCCAUCAAGACGACGAGGGCCGCUGCUACAGCGACUCGCUCGCAGAGGUGCCCGCUGUGGAUCCUGCCAACUUGGAGGAACCACCUCUUAACUUGGAGAUGAUCCGCAACAACGUAGAGCGUGGACGCUAUCGGAGGCUGGAUGUGUUUCAGGAGCAUUUCUUUGAGGUGCUGGAGAAAGCCAGACGCCUCAACAGAACAGAUUCUGAGAUAUUUGAGGACUCAGUUGAGCUGCAGCAGUUCUUUGUGAAGAUCCGAGAUGAGCUAUGCAAGAAUGGCGAGAUCCUACUCUCCCCAGCACUGAGCUAUACAUCCAGACAUCUGCAUGUAGAUGUGGAGCAGGAGAAGAGAGAAAAACUGCCUCUGGAAAUGGAGGAAGAUCGACUCAAAGUUGAGGAAGACAAGAAAGAGGAGGAAAAGACAGAGGGUGGUACAGAGGGACAGUGGUCUUCAGGUCUUCAGAAAACCUAUAGUCAAGACUGCAGCUUUGAGAACAGCAUCUACAGUGUAGGAGAUUUUGUGUAUGUGCAACCAUCUGAAGCCAACCUGCAGCCCCACAUUGUAAGCAUUGAGAAACUGUGGAAGGAUGAGGCUGGUGAGCAGUGGCUGUAUGGCUGUUGGUUUUACCGACCAGGUGAAACCUUCCACCUAGCUACACGCAAGUUCCUGGAAAAGGAAGUAUUCAAGAGUGACUACUACAAUAAAGUUCCAGUCAGUAAGAUACUGGGGAAAUGCAUGGUCAUAUUUGUAAAGGAUUAUUUUAAACUUCAGCCUGAGGGCUUCAAGCCCGAGGACGUCUUUGUUUGCGAGUCUCGUUACACGACCCGGACCAAGGCCUUCAAGAAGAUCAAAAUGUGGACCAUCCCACCAAGCUCUGUGAAAUUAAUCCCUCGUGAUGUGCCAUUACCUGUAGUCAGAGUUGUGUCCAUGUUCGUCAGUGCUGCAAAUUGUGACCAGGAUAAGAUGAUGGCAGACACUGCUGAUGAUCAUGGUAGCUUUAUUGAGAAAGAGAGAGAGGCUGUUCCUGUAGAGGUGGCCAAUAGUGAACCUGGAUGUCAGUACUACGAACAGCUAUGCUACAAUAACAUGUGGCUGAAAGUGGGUGAUUGUGUCUACAUUCGAUCUCAUGGAUUGAUACGGCCACGAAUUGGCAGGAUUGAGAAGAUGUGGGAGCAGGAUGGAGUUGCUUUCUUCUUUGGGCCGAUAUUCAUCCACCCUGAGGAGACAGAACAUGAGCCCACCAAGAUGUUCUACCAGCGUGAAGUGUUCCUGAGCAACGUGGAGGAGACCUCCCCCAUGAUGUGCAUUAUAGGAAAGUGUGUUGUCUCCUCCUUUAAGGACUUUAUUUCCUGUAGGCCCACUGAGUUUGCAGAGGAGAACGUACACCUGUGUGAGAGCCGGUACAUUGAGGCAGAGAAGCAGAUGAAAAAAUUUAAGGGCCUUAAACGAUUUUCCCUUUCAGCGAAAGUGGUGGACGAUGAGAUCUACUACUUCAGAAAGCCGCUUGUGCCUUCCAAGGAACCAUCUCCCCUGCUGGAUAAAAAGAUUGAAGAGCUAGAGGCCAAAUUUGCAGAUAUUGAGGACCUGGAUGAAGAUCUAGAUGAGAUGGAGGAUGAGGAUGACGAAGCACCAGCAACACCCUCCAUGCCCCAGCAUCAGGUUUCACUGACUAGUGAUAUGGACCUUCCUAACAUACCACUACAGUCUACACCAAAGACGAUAAAAGGUCUAUCCAAGAAAGAAGGAGCCAAGCGCAAGAUCAACAUGAGUGGCUACAUUCUGUUUAGCAGUGAGAUGCGAGCUGUCAUCAAGGCUCGACACCCAGAUUUCUCCUUUGGAGAGCUAAGUCGUCUUGUGGGUACGGAGUGGAGGAACCUGGAAUCUACUAAGAAAUCAGAGUAUGAAGAGCGGGCAGCUAAACUGGUAGAACAGCAGGAACGAGAGAGGGCCCUCCAGCAACAGCUGCAACAACAACAACAGCAGCAGCAGGCGGCAGCUUCUCCGAGAGCAGGCAUGAUGGGAAAUUAUGGCCCACCCUUCAUGCCUAUGCAGGGUCCUCCUGAUGGCAUGAUGGGUAUGGGUGGCACACCUCCUCACCCCAUGGGGGUGACCGCGUUGCCACCUCAGCACUACUUUACAUCAGGCAUGGCUGGGUACCCUGGUAUGCCCCAUCCUGGUGGAAUGGGACCUGGUAUUAAUGGUAUGGCUGGAAGUCCUGGUCCAGGAAAUCCUUAUGGGCUUCAGAUGGGUGUAUAUGGACCCGGGCAGGUGGCUCCACCUCCAUACCCAGGCCAAGGUCAGCUGGGUCAGAAUGCCAACCAACCACAAGGCGCACCCAUGUUCAUAGCGCCUCCUCCCAGGCCGCAGCGCCUCUUGCAUUCAGAAGCCUAUCUGAAAUACAUAGAAGGACUCAGUGCAGAUUGCCCCACUGUCAGCAAAUGGGACCAGAGCCUUAAGGCUGGAAGGAAAGACACUCGCCUGAGUAGAGAGCAGGAGAGUCGUCUUCCUUCUCAUUGGCUGAAGAGCAAAGGGGCUCACACCACAAUGGUUGAUGCAUUGUGGCGACUUAGAGACUUAAUGAUGAGAGACACACUCAGCAUCCGACAAGCUUACAACCUUUAACCUUUACAGUUUAAACCCUGAUGCUCAGGACCCCUAUUUAUGCAAGAUGAUAUUUCAGCCAAAUCUAAUAUCAGUGUAAAGCAGCUGAUUUGUUCAGUAUGUUCCACAGCAAUAAUAAUGUCAGCUUUUUGUAUAAAUAAGAUUUUAGUCAUUUACAUGGUUUCUUAUUGAUGCACUGGAAUUAUCACAAAUGCAUUAGCUAAUUUAUAACUACUGAUAUGAUGGAUGAUCAUGUACCUGAUGACCAUUGGAAGUUUUAGAACUGUUUAGAUGAAAUAUGGUUAUGCAGAAGAGCUUAAUUAACCACAUGUGAUUUUAUGUUACAAUUUUCCCAGUUGAAUGGAUGUAUAGAGGAAUCACCUCCAACACUGAUUUAAUGGAGAAAUGUGUCCUGCUUUAACCACUUUUAAGUCUUAUUUAUGGUACAAAAUUACAUCAGGUGGACAAACUGUAACACACAGUUGUAUGUUACCAAUAUUUUUUAAUGUGUCAAAAUAAGCUUGAUUUAUCUUCAUUUUAUUGACAAUUUAAUAUUUUUGCAUUUUGUUUGGUAAAAUUAUAUAUGUGUUACUUUGUAUUUGUGUUUUGAAUAUUAUCCCAUAAAUGUUGACAUUCAAAA